GGCCCGGCCGUCUCAGGGCCUGGCGGGGCCGGGCCACGAGGCCAGGCGAGGCCGCGGCCUGAGGCCCGGGCUGGGAGGCUUCUGCGCGGGAGCGAGGCCCGAGCCAGAGCCGCCCUAACGGACACGAUGGGCCGGAGAGUAGGCACGGUCCUCGUUAGGUCUCUCAGAGCCAGCUCAGACGGGGAAACUGAGGCGGAGGCGUCCCCUCCUGACCCCGAGAACGGCGAACCCGCCCCGCGAGCCUGAAGAUGGGCGCCCGGAGUUGAUUUUGAUGGCGCGUCUAAGGAAGGGCAGCUUGCCUAAAACCCUCGAACUGUAAACAGUAAAGUCUUCAGUCCCCGAGGAGAAUUGGCGCGUGGGGGUGGGCUACGGUUGCAUCCCAGAGGAGGGUCAGAGACGGUCAGCAUUCUCAACAGAAACCGUUCACGGUGUUUGAUAAUGCAGGCUUGCGGGCUGGUGCUGGGGGUCGGACCCAUGGCCUCAUACCUGGAAGGCACGCACUCUGCCAGGUGAGCUGUGUCUUCAGCUCCACGAGUGCAAAAUUAAGGACACAAACAAAACAAAACAAAAACAGAGGAAAGGGGAGGCACGGUUGUGAGUGGGGGUUGGGGAGCGGAUCCUGGCAGCCUGCUCUGGAAGGGGAACUUAGAUCGGGGAUGAGCUGGUAGUGCAGAGCCCUUUGCGUUUUGGAAAGUCUGUGCAAUCCUGAAUGUUGGUCAUGUAUGCAGGCUGGCCUUACGUCAGCCCCUGGCACACAAACUAGAGUUAGCUGAGAGGACGGAAUCGUAAUUGAGAGUCUGCCUCCAGCUGUAAGGCAUUUUCUUAAUUAGUGGUUGAUGACCGUUGUGGCUGGGUCGGUGGUCCUGGGUUCUAUCAGAAAGGCCUGUAAGCGGCACUCCCUGGCCUCUGCAUGGUUCCUGCCGAUUUGAGUUCCUGUCCUGACUUCCUUUGACGAUGCACUGUGACAUGGAAGUGUAAGCCGAAUAAACCCUUUUUUCCCCCGGCUUGCUUUUUGGUGUUUCAUUGCAACAGUAGUAAUCCCAACAAAGAUACCAUGUGAGUUAAAAAUCAUUGAAUUGAUACGGUUAGAUUUUCUGAUAAGCAGUAUAUUCUCAAUUGGGGAGUGAACAAAGGAGUUCGUGGCUUGAAUCAGAAGAAAAUUUGCGCAAUGAAGGAUCCUGGGAACAAGAACAUGCCAAGGUGUGGCUUAUUUGGCAAUAUUCUAGAGCAAGUCCAGCUUUAAAUUAACAGGCAUAAGAGGGUUAUUUUUUACAUAUGAGAGUUUGGUUGGUUGGUUUGGUUUGGUUUGGUUUGGUUUGGUUUGGUUUUUUGAGACUCGGUUUCUUUGUGUAGUCUUAAAUAUCCUGGGUUCGAUUUGUUGAUGUGACUGGCCAGAAAUCACAGCGAUCCACCUGCCCCUGGCUCCUUGACCACUGGAAUUAAAGGCAUGUGCCACCAUGCCCUGCUAAGGUUUUGUUUUUGUUCUUGUUUUUUCAUCUGCAGGACUUAAUCUGAUCCCUGAACUUUCACUCGUCUCUCACAACCCUGUAGGAAAACUUAAGUGUUGACUUACUCGGUUCUGUGGAAUCUGUCACUCUGGCCAGCUGGCCAGCCCUGGAGUGGCAAGGGCAAGAGGGCUGUACAGCCCUCCUCAACAUGUUCUGCGCAUUUGUGUGGAACCGUAUUCAUGUGGGGAGAGACCCAUGGAAACCAAGAGAAUGCCGAAGGCAGUGUGAGGAUUGACCUGCCUGGUGACUGCACAGUCAGCUUGUUGGCAGGGUUUGAAUCCAAGCCAGCAUGAGGUCUGACUGCAGUGGUUUUGGAUAAUAGUACAGGUGUUAGAAUUGUUUGCCUAAGGUUUUGGGAGCUGUGCUGGUGUCAUCUAAUCAUAAAGCUAAGGUAGGUUAGUUCCCUGCCUUUCUAGUUCCCCUCAAAGCUCCAGUGUUUGCAGAGAAAAACUUUUUUUUUUUUUUAAAGAUUCGUGUAUUUAUUUUAUGUAUUUGAGUGCUCUAUCUGCAGGUACACCUGCAUGCCAGAAGAAGACAACAAUCCCAGUAUAGAUGGUUGUGAGCCACCAUGUGGUUGCCAGGAAUUGAACCCAGGACCUCUGGAAGAACAGACAGUGCUCUUAACUGCUGAGCCAUCUCUCCAGCCCUGCAGAUAAAAUCUUAAAACCUGAAUGGGUCUUCGUAUCGCAUCAAAGGAAAUCCUUUAGUAAACUAUCUGUGUGUGGGUGUCUUUAAACUUGCUAACCCAAGCUAUAGAGUUUUGUGCAAGCACAAAUGAGUGGAGAUUUAGUGCAGAGAAGAGCUAUCUUUUGCUUGCUUGUUUUCUUCUCUUGUGUUUGGUUUCCAUGACCCUGCCCUAAGUGGGUUGGAGAGGGGAAGGAAUGGUCCUACGGUGUUUACCAGUUAUUUCAAAAACAGAGCCUCCUGAGGAGGACAGGGCUGGUAAAGAUGGAUGAGAACAAGCGGGUCUCUAGAUCAGUGUCAGCUUGCUAAAGGAUUGUAAGUGGAGCAGUUCCCAUGAGGAGUUCUUAGCUCGCCGCUGGUCCUGAAAUAGAACCACUGUGAAUUCUAGGACUGGACAGUGAAGGGGAGGGUGACAAAGGAAGUUUUCUUUCUCUGAAUUCUAAGUCAGGGACAGUUUCAGAACGAGGUGCUGUUCUCCUUUUCAGUACUGUUUUCCCUGAUGUCAGUCACUAUUUCCCCUCAAGUGUCAAAUGGAAUGUGGGGUACUUCCUCUAAAACAGCUACCAAAGAUGGAAGUUGUUGUGAAUAUGGACAGUAGAUGAUCCCUAAAUUCCAAAUCCUCAUCAUCAUGCUGGUUCUCACACCCAGGCAUCCUCCAUUUGAGAAAACAUUGUGUACAAAUGUAUGAGUGUGGUUGGGUAUGCACACAUGCUAUGGUGUGUGUGUGUAGAGGUAAGGGCAACUUGAGGGAGUCCAUUCUCUCCUACCAACUGGGCCAAGACAGUGAACUCAGGCUUGGUAGCAAGGCCCUUUACCCACUGAGCUAUCUUGGUGGCUGGCUCUCCGUCUCCAACUUCUGAUAUAAAACAAGACUGAAAAUACUACCAUUCUAGAACCUGGGCUGCCCCACAGGCACGCACGCAUGCACGCCUCCCCCUCUGCUGUCUCCAUGUCCUAAGCACUAGGAUUACAAGUGUGCCCCACACAUGGCUCAGGCAAGGCCACUGUGUUCCCAGGUGUCUGCUGUGCGGCAUGUCAGAAAUGCAGUGGCCAGUGAAACUCGUACUCUAGGAGGAGUGAGGUGUGUGGAGGUCUGAGUAAAGUACGGUAGGGCUGUGGUAAGUAUGUGCUGACAUGAAGAAAUGUGGGUGACCAGUUUUAGGGAAGAGAAUUAGUGUAGGCACCUGAGGAGGUGAGACUAGAAAGAUGUUGACCAGCAGAAGUCCAAGGAAAGAAUGUUUUAGGCAGAGAGUACACUGAAAAGGCCCUCAGAUAGGCUAGAGCGCAGUGGAUCGCUUUAGGUCAUGGCGAGUGUUGGAGAAGAGAGGUGAUCUGAUGUAAUGUUUUGUAUUAUCUCUUCAGCAGCUAUGGGAAGAAUGACUGAGAGGAGCUGAAAGCGCCGAGCUAGGAAGUGUGGCCUAAGAUGAGUGAAGAGACCUAGAGCAGAAAUGACUGCAGCUACUAGAGUUACUCACAGUUUCCAUGUGGGGAUGAAGGACACACAAAUCAAAGGUGACUAUAGGACGGGGAUUUGGCGUCACAUACCAACUGAUAUCAAAGAUAUGCCCUCUGAUGAUUUCUCGAAACCACUGUGUUUUGAAGCAGAAUCCUGAGGGACAGUGGACAAUUAUGGACAACAAGAGUCUGAAUGGUGUUUGGCUGAACAGAGAGCGCCUGGCACCAUUACAGGUUUAUUGCAUCCAUAAGGGAGACCAUAUUCAGCUUGGAGUGCCCCUGGAAAACAAGGAGAAUGCGGAGUAUGAAUACGAAGUUGUUGAAGAAGACUGGAAGAGUCUGUCUCUCUGCUUGGCCCCCAAGAAUGACCAAACAGUGGGAAAAAAUAAAGGCUUGAGAACUAAGAGGAAAUUCAGUUUGGAUGGAUCAGAGAAUCUUGAAGCUGAAGGUCCCUCAGAUCUCAAAUGCAAAGCAAUAACUAAAGUCUCUUGUAAGCCAGUGCAGUUACAGGGAAAAGGUGAAGCGGCCAGUCAGCCCUUGGAAUAUUUGUGCCCUAAGUUGACUUCUCUUGAGGCAAGUGAAAAGACCACGGAGCCUCACGCUUGCUCUACUCUUCCAAAGGCCAUCGAACUUUAUCCUAAGAAGCAGAAGGCCUCCAGCCUUUCAGCAUCCCAGAGCAGCUUAGAACUGUUUAAGGUGACCAUGUCUAGGAUUCUGAAGCUGAAAACACAGAUGCAUGAAAAGCAGAUAGCUGUUCUGAAUGUGAAGAGGCAGACCCGAAAGGGGAGCUCAAAGAAAAUCGUGAGGAUGGAGAAGGAACUGAAAGAUUUACAGUCUCAGCUGUACGCGGAGCAGGCUCAGCAGCAGGCAAAACUAGAGCAGCUGGAGAAGACGUUCCAGGAAGAGGAGCAUCACCUCCAGGGUUUGGAGAAAGAGCAAGGAGAAGAGGACCUGAAGCAACAGCUGGUCCAGGCUCUGCAGGAGCAUCGGGCUCUAAUGGAAGAACUGAGUCGAAGCAAGAAGGACUUUGAGAAAAUCAUUCAAGCCAAGAACAAAGAAUUGGAGCAGACCAAGGAAGAAAAGGACAAAGUCCAAGCACAGAAAGAGGAGGUUCUCAGCCACAUGAAUGAUGUGCUGGAAAACGAGCUCCAGUGCGCCAUCUGCUCGGAGUGCUUCAUCGAGGCUGUCACCCUGAAUUGCGCCCACAGUUUCUGCUCCUUCUGUAUCAGCGAAUGGAUGAAACGGAAAGUAGAGUGUCCCAUUUGUCGAAAGGAGAUUGAGUCCACGACCCACUCCCUGGUUCUGGACAACUGCAUUAACAAGAUGGUGGACAGUCUAAGCUCCGAAGUGAGAGAACGAAGAUGUAUCCUUAUUAGGGAGCGAAAAGAAACAUUACAGGAUGGGCCCAGACGCAUCAUCCGGUGCUUGCCGGCUGGAGGGACAGGAAGGCAAGGAGACCGAGCUCCACAGCAGGGUUCCGUGCAGCUUCAGAGCAAGGACCGCUCAAGCUGCUCUGGGCAGGUGGAGAUGACAGAGGAUCCUGUAGAGGAAGUGAUGUUUGGGCCAAGCCUUUUGGCUUCCUAGACUGUCAUGAAGGUCAUGCUCCAAGGACAUAUGAGAGACUAGAGGGGAUGGCAGCUUGGAGUGGUGUGGAGGGCUUUCUGGAUCCCUCAGGCUGAUCUGGACAUCCGCUAAGAAGCCAUGGCUGCGGAGACCCAAGUUAGGAAGCCUGUAUCACUGGCCGUCAGUCGUGCUGGCCCUGCUGACACCGUCUGAAGCUCCACUGGGGCUCCUGCUCUGGCUGUUUCACUAAGUGCUAAAUGACUUGAGUUCUGUUGUUCCUUAAUUUGUUGAUUGUUUUGGAUACCUCAUGCACCCCUGUUGACCUUGCCUUGGACAGUGUGCUAUCUCCGGUGGCUACCUUGAAAGUGGCCUGCAUUUUGAGAGUCUGGUUUUCCUUUUUAUGAAAACAAGAUGUCAAUUUUUUUUUUUUUUUGGAAAUAAAACAUAAAACCCGCCAGUUGCUCAGCUGGCCUUCGGUGUAUUUACCUGCCUUUGCUUCCAGCUCCCAGACAGUCUCCCAGGUAAACACUGGCAGCUCAUAGCCUGCGGCCGGGAAGACAACUAUUCGUGAUAGACUGCCCGCAGCGCCAGCCGGAGAGCUGGGUUCAUGGUCACACCAGCUUUUGGUGUUCUGUUUCCAUUGGAGGGGGUGGCACUACUUUCCUUGUUUGGGGACUUCUUUUCUUCAUCUGUCAUUCAGAGGAUGUUUCCAGCUCUCUUCCUCAGUUGUAUGAGCAGGCAAUGAUUUAAUGAGCGUGAUGCACCUCUUUGUUUAAAAGCUGUCCCUUUUUUGCCUGCCAUUUUUCUCUAUACGUCUUUUUUUUUUUUUUUAAGUCUUCUUGUGUUGCAAUUGUUUUUAAAUUCUAUUUUAUUUGGGUUAUUUAAGCCUCUACCUUCCUUCUACCAACCCUUUAACUCUAGGUAAGAGAGAGGAGGUUAAUGCAGAGAGGGGGUGCAGACCCCUUUACUCCUCAAGGCUGUUUGGGGUUGAUGGGUUCUUUGGGGGCUAUUCCAGUCUCCAUCAGCAACAAACACAGCAAGCAGCCUCCUCCAAGCUGACACACAGGCUGACUCUGGUCUCUCCAAAGUGCCACACACUCUUUCUGGGCUUUCCUGUAUAUUCUUGAGUCCUAGACCACGCCCCUACAGGCCACACCAGGCAGGCAUUAACAGCGGAUAAAGACCACACCCCACAGGAGGCAAUUAUCAGCUGUGGACAAACUAAAAUCCUACACUUUGGGGUUAAAACAAAAACAUACUUAUAUAAUAAAAACAGUUUUUAAAGAAACCAAAACUUCCAUUACAUUCCUGACCAUUUCAUGUAGCCCAGGCUGGGUCCAAACUAACUGAGAGAGACCUUGCCCUUUGUCCCCAUCCGCCUCUGCCUCCUGAGUGCUGGGGUCACAGCUGUGUGCCAGUUUGUGUCACCAGUGAUGCCCUUGAUGAGAAUGAGGGGAACCCUGUUCCUGUACUGGGGAUGAAAAAAAUGACUACAUCACAGAGGUUCGAUUCCCUCUGCCUUCUGUCAAGAAAACCACUGUUUAAAACGUCUUCAUAGUUCGGAGUACACAUGUGCAUGUAUUAAAGGGUCAGCCCACAUUGUUUCCCAGGUGCCCACCUGGUUUGGUUUUGUUUCAUUUGUUUUGAGUCAAGGUUUCUCUACAGAACCUUGGAUGUCCUGGAACUAAGUACGUAGACCAGGCUGGCCUUGAACUCAGAGAUCCGACUGCCUCAGCCUCCCAGCCUCUGAGUGCUGGGAUUAAAGGUGUGUAUCAACCCUCCACCACAGGCCUCCAUUGUUUUUUAGCCCGGAGCUUACCGGGUAGGUCAGGCUGGCCAGUGAGUCCCAGAGAACCUCCUGCCUCUGCCUCCCAGUGCUAGCUUGUAGGUAUGCCCCACCACUCCUGAAUUAGGUCUGGGGAUCAGAGGACUGAGUCCUUGUCUCAACCCGUUUCCUUUUAGUUUUGUGUGCCCUGGUAAUAGUUGGGAACUUUGGGCACGUUUUUAGAAGAACAGUAGUGGUGAGAGACUUGCGUAGCCCGUGUGCCCUGAGUCCAGUAUCUAGCACCAGGAGAAACAAAGACUGCAGAGUCAAGAAGCAAGGCUGGACUUGAAAGCGUUAUCAUAAAAAUUCUGGCAAGAUGGAGACUAGAAAGAAACUAUUAGUGCCAUAGUACAUGAGUACAUGGGUAUGGAUGUUUGCAUACAGCCUGUCUUAAAAUAUUUACCUGAUUGUGUGUACCUGCUUGUUGGUGAUCACAGGAGCCUGUAGAGUCUCGAGUUAGAGACAGUUGGGAACCACCAUUUGGGUGCUGAGAACUGAACCCAGUUCUGCUACUCUGGCAGAGGAGAAAUGGCUCCCAGCUGCAGAGCCAUCUCCAGCCCCUGUGGUCUGUCUUCUUAAAGUUCACACAUGAUAAUUCUCUUAAGAAUACAGGAGGGGCCAUAACUGAGAUGUAAAUUGAAUUUAAAUUUUUUUUUUUUUUUUCAAAAAAAAAAAAACACAAAACAUACACAUUGUAUGUGGUAUACCACCAGUCCUGGCUUCUGUCUGCUGAUGGAAAUCCAGGUUGCCUCAAAACUUUUAUUUUUAUUUUUUUUUUAAGUGCUUAUGAGUAUGUACAUGUGCCUGAGUGUAUAUAUGUAACCGUGAAGUUUGUCGGUGGUUGUGAACUGCCAUGCAUGGUUUAUGAUGUCCUGGUCCUAACCACUGAGCCAUCUCUCCAGCCCCAAACUCCUUUCUCUUAAACCAGCCAACAUCUCUGUGCAGGUUAUCACCAGAGGAAAGACCUGGAACACCUAGGCUUGGGCUGGGGUUCUAUCUGGAAGAGACCAUUCACAAUUCAUGCCUUCUCCUUUGUGAACACGCUACAGUUGUGAGCAGAGGAAGACCCUGGUGAAUGUGUGCUGUUGACGUGAGCACAGCGUGUCGGGGACCCCAAAGCCUCAUACCCAUGCACAUGGCACCUCCUCCUCCUCCCCGAUGCUUACGACCCCAGACAGACCGUCCACCAACCUUCUCUGGGGGUUGAGCAGGUUAGCUAGACCCUCUUGUGCUGUAGAUAAUACACAGUCGAGUUUCUCAUUUCAUAGUAGGUGGACUGUAUCAAAGAGAGCACAGCCUACCUGAUCUUGUGUAGGUGUGGGGUGGGGCUGUCUUCAUUUCUAAAAUGCCACCCUCUCCCCUGUUUGGUUUCCAGGAGCAAGCGAUGCAGGAUGCAGCAGACAAAGAAUUAAUGAAACUUUAGGCUAGACUGCUAGGUUGAAUCCCAGUCCUUACAACUGUGGCCUUGGACGCGUUAUUCCAUCUCCGUGAGCCUUGGCUUCUCCGGCUUUAAGUGUGUUCCCACCUCUAAUUAAUACAAAGUUAGACUAAAUUAUGCCUCAGUUAUUGCUGCACCGCUCACUAGCCAGAAUGUUCUUUUGGUUUUGGUUUUGUGGGUUUGGUUUUGUUUGCUUUAUUUUAUGUUAUUUUGUUUUGUUUUUGUUUUUUUGAAGCAGGGUCUCACUUUGUAGCUCUAAAUACCCUGGAACUCUAUAGACCAGGCGAGCUCCAAACUCAAAGAGGUCCACCUGCCUCUGCCUCCUGAGUGCUGGGAUUAAAGGUGUGCGCAACUUAUGCCCAGCAGAAUGUUCUCUUUUUAGAAGACAAACAUUAACCCAAAUGUUCAUUUUUUUUUUCCCCUUUGGGCUUCAGCAUGUUUUUUGCCUGGAGAGACGGCUGAUACUAAACCUCACCUACAUUUUGCUUACCUAGAAAAAGACGUGUUGCCUCUUAGGCCAUGUCGCACAAAUGACGAAUGGCAUAGUAGAGCCCGCUGCCAGCUUUCCUCUAGUUAAAACAGCAGGAGAAACGAGGCGAGGAGGGAUCGUGCACACUCAUGGCUUUAGUAAGCUGGCAGCUGCAGCCAGCUGGGUGGGGUGCUUUGCUGUGAGUGGCGGCUGUCCUGUAUCCCCCUGCUUGCAUCAGUCUAGAAGAGGCUAGCCCUACCCUUGCUUCAUCCCAGCAGACAGGCCAUCAACGCAGGAGUGUUUUCCCUUUGUGGGGCUGGAUAGCUGGAUGCCUGCUACCUGUUUUUCUGAUUGGAAGUCACUGAUGUUAUUAAAGAAAAGGAAACCCCAGAUUCCCUCAGCUGGAGCUUCUCUCUUCACUGCUUUUCCCUCCUCUGAGUGACCGUCAGUCAUGUAGCUGCAGUCACCACCACAGCACAGGAGUCACCAUAACUACAGGAGGGCUUACACUGGGCAGCCCUCUCCAGCUGCUCAUGGGCUCUUCGUAGCCUUGCUCUGCAAGCAGGCUGUCCAUUCCUCAUCUGAGGAUGAUCUGGAAGUCUGGGGCGCCCCAGGGAUGCUUAGAUGACCGUGUAGCCUCCUGAUGAGUGCCAAGAUUAGCAUUUGAUACAGAAGUUAAGAGGGUCUCUUAAUGUCCAUUGUGGUCUUCAUCCACAAAGGACCUAAGAGGAUAAGGAGACCCUGGGGAUCUCUCGCCUGGAGUUGCAGUCUUGUGAGAGAAGUGGGGCCUGGUGGGAUGUUGCCAUUGCCACAGCAGGUCAAGGCCUGGUUCUCAACACCGCUGAGCUUCAUUCAGAGGAAAACAAAACAUUUUGCUGCAUUUUCUUUGUUUUUGCAAGUGGGAGUUGCAGCAGAAGCAGGUGAAUUCCCUGAAGAAGAUACGGCCUUGUGCGUGGAAAAUAAUGUCUGUCUUGUUCAGCCGGUUCUUUAGUUUGGGAAAGCCUGCUCAUCAUCACCGCAACAAGCUGGGCUCCUGACAGAUGCCCGGCAAACAGUCAGGUGCUGUAGUUUCACUGUUGACAGCACCUGCAGGCUCGCUCCUCUUUCCCCAUGACGGGUUACCUGAGCUCAAGGAGUCUGCACUAAGUAUUUCCUGCUUGUUGCUCCACCAAAUUUGAGCAAAUUAUUUCAGAUCCAAUUUUCAUCCCAGGAUCCCUGCUGCCUAAUUUACUUUUAGUGCUGUGAAUACCUGAAACUGGUCUUAUCUAUCUUUUUCUUUCUUUCUUUCUUUCUUUCUUUCUUUCUCUCUCUCUCUCUCUCUCUCUCUCUCUAUUUUUACUGAAUUCUUAUUUUAAGUUGUGUGUAGGUGAAGCACAUGAGUGCUUGUAAGUUUAUGUAUACACCCUGCUUGCAUGAGCCUAAGAAGGCCAGAAGAGGGUCAGAUCUCCCGGAACUGGAGUUAGAGACAGUUGUGAGCUGCAGGUGCUGGAAACUGAGCCUGAGUCUUCUGUAAGAGCAGCAAGGCAUUCCCCCACAGGUACUGAAUUCUUUGCUUUGUUUUUUUAAAUUAUUUUUAUUUUAUGUGGAUUGGUGGUUUGUCUGCAAGUAUGUCUGUGUGAGGGUGUCAGAUUCUGGAGUUAUGGAGAGUUGUGAGCUGCCAUGUGGGUGCUGGGAUUUGAACUCCAGUCCUCCAGGCAUUGCUCUUAACCGCUAAGCCGUCUCUCUUCAACCCCUUUGUUUCUGUUCUUUUGAUACAAAGUUUCUCUGUAGACCAGGCUGGCCUCAAACUCAAAAGAUAUCCGCCUGCUUCUGCCUCCUUAGAGCUGGAAUUAAAGGCAUGUACCUCUGACACCACCACCCAGGCUAAUUACUAGAUUCUUGAAACAGGUGAGUGCACAGACCUCUUGAUUCGUUAUGGUAAGUUGAUGGUUAGAAAUUCUAGCAUGGGGCCCAUAGGUUAAAGGCAAGUCACAAAGACUUGAUCGUACUACAGGCUUCCUUCAGAGCUCGCUUACUCGCUUACAGUGGAGAAUGUAGCCAGCGAAGCUUGAGAGGUCUUGCUGUGGUGUGUUUGGGCCCUCUACGUGAAGACUAGGUCUAGAGAGGGCCCACAUGUGUUUAUUCUUUUUGGAAAUCCUAGGUCCUCGUUAUGUUUGGCAAGUCCUUUGUGGAGCAACAGCUAUCCUCAUCCCUCAACACUACGAAGCCAGGUGUUUCCCCGGAAUGCCUUGCAGCUAGAGCUGCACCUGAUAACCAUCCAUGGUUGAGUUGUACUCCAGCCGGGAAUGGAAACCCGUGAGGCAGAGAAGCCAGGGCCGGCUGUUGUGUGACAGUUCCUGGGGAGAUGCGAACAGAAAUCAAGAGACCUAUGUCCAACGUGGUGAAUUAAUGAUUGUAUUAGUAUUUAGUUAGAGGAGUAUGGGUGGGGGCUCACAGGAGCAGAAAUGACUCAAAGACAGCUGUACCAUCAAAGGCACCCUGGCCUGGUGGCAGGUCACGAAAGCUGGAAACCUGAAGCCAACUUUAGAACUUGAAGGUAGAGUGUCCUUUCCAGGUUUCUCAGUUGGUCUGAGCCUCUUGGGCAGUUGGGCUUGUCUAAGUGUCUGUGAGCGGGCCUUACUGCUUAAUAGUUGAGGAAGAUAGGAGUUAUCAAAUCUGAUCAGUUCUAGGGACUUCCUCUGGUCUUUGAGUUGUUAACUUCCUGUGCUUAAGGGGCUUCCAUGAGGAUGGGCUGCCUCAACCUCCCCUUAGAACAGCCUGAUACUUUUUUUUUAAAUUCACUUCACAUCCUAGUUGUAGCCCCAUCCCUCCUCCUUACAGCCUGAUUGAUAACAAGCUUCCUUCCAACUGUACAGUUUUAUAUUGGAGGAAAGAGCAGGCUCAGGUUCUGUGAGGAUGGGGGCUGAUAGUUUCUAGAGACAUCUGUAGCCAUGAUACUCAUGGUUUUGCCCACAGUCGAGGAUAUUUGCCAUUCAAUCUUUGGUGCAGAUGCCUGGUGCCAGAGACAGUGACUUCAGAUCUAUUUGGUUUGGAGAAUUAUUCCUGCCCGCAUAGCUGCCAAGCCCUUUCCUUUUUUCUUUCUCUUGACACAUCAUUUUAAUCCUUUUGAUGAUAUAGUCUCUUUCUGCUUAAUAUGCUCAGAGUCCAUUUCCAGUACAUACAGAGCCUGCUCCAGUCUUGCCUCAGUUCUAUGCGCUAGGCUGUCCUCUGCAAGCAUUUUCUUUUAGUUUUCAUCUAAGAUCUAUUUGUAUAGCUGGCAAAUGUGGAUUGGUCUCAGGAUUCAGGGGAAAAAAAUUAGUUUUUACAAAGGAACUAUGAGACAACUGGUAAGGCAUAAAUAAAGUUUAUGGAUUACUGUCUCUUAUUAAUAUUGUUAAUUUGCUUGUUUUGAUAAUUAGGGGUAACUAAGACUAUCCUUGUCUUUAUGAAACAAACACUUUCAUGAUUCAGCAUAACAAGGCGUUUUGCCCACAAUCUCAAAUUAUUUAUAAAAACAAUAUAUGCUUAUGUAGAAAAAUGAACACACACACACACACACACACACACACACACAUAUAUAUAUAUAAAACUAUAAGAGAUUGACAUGUAGAAAAAAAGGUAGCCAGGCACGAUGGCACAUACCUCUCAUCUCAGCACUCAGGAAGCAGAAGCAGGUAGACCUCUGUGAGUUCAAGGCCAGCCUGGUUGAUAUAGUAAGUUCCAGGCCAUCAGGGCUAUAUAGAGAGACCCUAUCUCACAAAUAAAUAAGCAAACAGAAAACAAUAAAAGAGUAUGUAUGUGGAAAUUACUUGUAUUCUUUGCCUUUUCUCUUAACUGAAAUAAUUUUAAAGUGAAUAUUUAUUUAUUUAUUUAUUUAUUGGUUUUUGUUUUGUUUUGAGAUAGGGUGUUUAUAUCCCUUCCUGUCCUGGAACUUGAUUUGUAGGCCAGGCUAGCUCACAGAGAUCCACCUACCUCUGCCUCCCAAGUACCAAAAGGAAAAGUCUUAAGUGAGUUAAAUAAAAUGUAUUUUACCUU